AUGAGAGCUUGUUCGAAAAUCGUAGCAGAUCAGAAGGAAGACGCCAAGCUGGAGUCCGGCAAGGCAGAAAAGGGGGAGAAGAAGGAAAAGAAGGAGAAGAAGGAGAAGAAGGAAAAGGUGAAGAAGGAGAAAGCAGACAAGGAGAAGAAGGAGAAGCCAGAGAAAAAAGAGAAAGCAGAGAAGAAAGGGAAGGAGAAAAAAGAGAAGAAAGAGAAGAAAAAUGAGGACAAGGCCAAAGGAGAGGAGGGAGAGAAAGACAAGGAGUGUGAGAAGGAAAAAGAGAUAGUAGAGGAAGAGGCCAAGCUGGAAGACGCAGGUGUGGCAGAAACAGAGGUAAAGGAGGAAGGAGAAAAAGAGGAAGAGAAACAGGAGGAGAAUGUGGUGGAGGAGGAGGAGGAGGAGGAGGAGGGGAAGAAGCAGAAAGCAUCUCGCCGCCCCAGGAUCCUGUACUGCAAAGUCAAGCUGCUGGAUGAUACUCUGUUCGAGUGUGAGCUGGAAAAACAUGCCAAAGGCCAGGAGCUGUUUGCAAAAGUGUGUGACCACCUAAACCUGUUAGAGAAGGACUAUUAUGGUCUGGCCAUAUGGGAGACGACAACCAUAAAGACAUGGCUGGACUUCACCAAGGAGAUCAGACGGCAAGUACAAGGCACCAACUACGAUUUCACAUUCAAUGUGAAGUUCUACCCGCCUGAUCCUGCCCAGCUAUCAGAAGACAUCACCAGGUACUACUUGUGUUUGCAGCUGCGGAAGGACAUCAAGAAUGGCCGCCUGCCCUGCUCUUUCGUGACCCUGGCCCUGCUGGGAUCUUACGCCCUGCAGUCUGAGCUGGGCGAGUACGACCUCGAGGUUCACGGCACCGACUAUGCCAAGGAGCUCCAGCUUAUCCCAGGACAGACCAAGGAGCUGGAGGAGAAAGUCAUGGAGCUUCACCGCACAUACAGAUCUACGAGUCCGGCUCAGGCUGAUAUGAUGUUCCUGGAGAAUGCUAAAAAACUGGCCAUGUAUGGGGUUGAUCUCCACCAGGCAAAGGAUCUGGAUGGAGUGGAUAUAAUGCUGGGUGUUUGCUCCAGUGGCCUGAUGGUGUAUAAGGACAAGCUGAGGAUUAAUCGAUUCCCCUGGCCAAAGGUUCUCAAAGUCUCCUACAAACGCAGCAGUUUCUUCAUCAAGAUACGGCCAUCUGACCUGGAACAUUAUGAAAGUGCCAUUGGCUUUAAACUGCCCAACUACAAGGCCGCCAAGAAACUGUGGAAAGUGUGUGUGGAGCAUCACACAUUCUUCAGGUUGACGUCCACAGAAGCGGCCACCACUCCCAGGAAGUUCCUGGCUCUGGGAUCGAAGUUCCGCUACAGCGGCCGAACUCAAGCCCAGACCCGCCAGGCCAGCUCCAUGAUCGACAGACCCGCUCCGCAUUUCCAGCGCUCCGCCAGUAAGAGGGCGUCUCGCAGCUUAGAUGGAGCCAUGGUCUCGACCCCAGAUAAGAACGCCCGUCCCGUCAGCGCUCCCAUCAUGUCUCCCAUCUCCCCAGGCGACAUGGCUCCUUCCCCAGUAGCAUCUGCCGCCCGCACUGACCGUAAAGAGACAUCCACGCCCACGGGCCGUCCACGCUCCACUGAGAGGAAGAGUGAGGUGAAGGCAGAGGCCCAUGUGACAGAUGGCUCCAAAACACACAGCACCAAAGCAGAGGGCACACCUGAAAUCAAGACGGUAGCCCGGCGAGAACGGCGACACCGUGAUGCCCCGGUGGUGACGGCCACCAAUGGGGAGAGAAAGAGCCAGUCACCACGGGCGGACACAGAGAUGGUGCGCAUGAGGAAGAAAAGAGCUAAGAAAACUGAGGGUGAAACUAUUUAUAUCAGACAUAGCAAUUUAAUGUUGGAGGUUUGUAUGGAAACUCUGGAAAUGUCUUGUUUUUGCUGCUGCAUGUAUCACUGCAUGAGAUUCUGUUUCAUCUUGUUUCUUUCUUCAUUCUUCUCACCGCACUCUCUCUCUUGUGUUUUGGUUUGUUUUAGAUGGAAGCGUGCAGCAGGCACGUCCAGGCGACAGCAGGUAAGGGUCAGGUGGGCGCCCGCACCAGGAGGCCCGCCGCUGCUGCAGCAUAUGGAGAAGGAUGAAGAUGAUGAUGAUGAUUGCAAUGAAGAAAAAGACUUUGAGGCUCAGGGACAUGGCGUCCAGGUCUCCAUAGUCGUGUCCACAGAGGAACCGGCCCGUGUCUGCCAGCUGUACCCAGUGCUCUCACAGUCUCCUGUGGUGAAGACGAAAACAAUCACCAUUUCUGAUGUCACCAACUCCCUUCGCAGCGAAAUCGCCAGCAAGGACAUCCCGAUUGUGCAUACAGAGACCAAGACCAUCACAUAUGAGUCUGCACAGCCCAACGCGCUUUCAGAGAAGGAGUCCGGGAUGCUGUUGAGUGCUCAGACCAUCACCUCAGAGACCGUCAGCACCACCACCACCACCCAGAUCACCAAGAUGGUGAAAGGCGGGAUCUCAGAGACCCGUAUCGAGAAGAGAAUCGUGAUCACUGGAGACACUGAGAUUGACCAUGAUAAGGCUCUUGCUCAGGCUAUAAAGGAGGCGAAGGAGCAGCACCCUGACAUGUCUGUGACUAAAGUGGUGGUGCAUCAGGAAACAGAGAUCACCCCUGAGUAACUCCUGCGUGAGACACAGG